AUGCCUACAAUAUUAUUAUUAGAUGUUUCAAUGUCAAUGGCAAGAUCCAUUUACAUUGGAGACCAAUCUAAUUUGAAUGUUGCUGGAUCGACUACACCUCGAGGAGUAGGUGAAGAUGAUGUAUCUUCUGAAGAUGAUACCGAUAUCAGUACAUACAAAGAGUUGAUGAAGAAUGCAAUCUAUUACUUUUUGCAGUUGCUAGAGAAGAAUGGUCCUUACAUGUUGGAUUCUAUUGCAUUAAUUGCCUAUUCAUCGAAUGUCGUGGCAACUGUCAGCUUCACUAGAGAUAUUCAAUCGAUUCGUCAGUGUCUACUGGAUUUGACAUUGUGUGACACUACCAACCUACCGAAUGCACUGAACGAAGCGGUCAAGCUAACCAUUCAGAAAUACGGUGCAUCAGGUCAUCUCUUUGAGAUAUUGGUAUUCACAGAUGCCUGUACAACAUUCGAUAUUAAUAAACAACAAGAUAAUAAUAGUAAUAAAAUAACAACUACAAACAAUAAUAAUAAUAAUAAUAAACAAAAUGAUAAUCAACAACAAUCAUUACUUCAUCAAUUAAAUAUACCUUUUGUAAAUCAUUUACAUUUCAUAUCAAUUUGUACAAAUCAACAACAUAAACAUCCAUUAAAGACUGCUACCAAUCAAAUAUUUAAUAACUCUAUCAAAUCUACAUUGUAUAUCAUUAAACAAUACUCUACAAAUAAUAUCCGACUAUCAUUAACAGAUACAAUCAACUCAAUUGUUAAUAAUCAUUGUAUUGUAUUGAUAUCUUAUAAUAAUAUCAUAAUAUAUAUUAACUUUACAAUUUAUUUACCAAUUUUAGAUUCAUUUUAUAAGGGAUUACUUACAUUUGGUCAUUUAACAUCACCUAUUACACUAUAUCCUUCGAUUCACACGCUGUUUAAAUAUGUAUCGGAUCGAUUCGAUGCGACCAGUGGUUUGAAUGCAUUUCCCAGUGUUUUAACAAUACUCGGAUUCCUUCCGAAUAGGAAUGCCAUGGAGUUGCCAACAGUAUCGAGACAUGUUAUUGUACCGUUGGUGUCAGACACGCUGCCACCUCUCUGUUCAGUGCUACACUCUACUCUACGCAAUCUAAAGUCAACGGCAAUCGUUGUCAUCAAUGAGAGUGUCGAGUGGUACGGCAUGUUGACUGCAUCGCUCGAGAGCGACACUUCCGUACUGGUACUCUCGACGUUUAUGCCCGGUAGCUACAACACCGAUCCACUCAUUGCCAAAUCGAUGACAGGUUCAUCGCUAACCAUCGAUCUCUCACAGCUAGACGUAGGUCCACUAACAGUACCACCUACAACUACACCGCCACCAACGGCAACAGCAGCAACAACAAACUCUAACAAUGCUAAUGCUUCACCAACCAAUACAUCACCACCACAACAGCAACAACAACAACAACAACAAUCACCAAUUCCAUCGUAUAACGUCAAUCAGAAAGAUAGUACAAACUCUAUUAUCAUAUCUUUUAUUAAACCGGAUGCAUUGCAAUCCGAUUUUACAAAGGUUCAACGUAUUUGUAGAUCCAGUCCAUUGAAAUUCGAGAAUCUUGUGGUUGAAUGCGAGCGUGUCCGUCAGAUUGCUCUGAUUUACCAACAUCCACAACUCCUCCAACAGAUGUCUUUAGUCAUCCGAGAGGAACUUGGAAUCAACUACAUCGAAAGCAUUCCAAUACUUAAAGAUCUAUUAACUCGACUUGAAAUUGGCUCCUACAAAGACGAAAUCAAACUAUAUCGUGAAAGCUCACCAGUUCAACAACCACUACAACAACAACAAACUCAACAAACAAUGUCAUCACCUCCAGCACCACCUUUACCAACAACCUCUAAAAAGAAAUCCGCUGGAAUGAGUGUCAAUAGUUUAUUAAACUUUUAA